CUCUCUCUCUCUCUCUCUCUCUCUCUCUCACACUCCCGUGUGUGUAUACAAAGACGUAUAUACCAUGAUAGCCACCACGCCCACCGCGUACUUUAACCACCAGGCUCAGCGCCACCAGACUCUAUAAAUAACUGUCAAAACCAAAAGGUCCUCCUAGUAUCUGAAUCUCCAACUCCUCCUAGUCUUUUUUCUCUCUCCUCGAUCUCUUUUUCACUUCGCUAUCAUGAAGCUAGAAGAAGUCCAUCAAGACCACAUUUGCAGAACCAUCGAAGUGGCCGUCGUCGAGCCAACAAAAGUUUCACCGGCGGUAAAGCUUCCUCCCACCGCCGAUGACUCGGAGACUAACGGGGAAGAGCUAUAUAUACCGCCUCUCAACUUCGCAAUGGUCGAUAAUGGCAUUUUCAGGUCUGGCUUCCCGGACUGCGCUAACUUCCCGUUCUUACAAACCCUCGGCCUCCGUUCCAUCAUAUAUCUGUGUCCGGAACCAUAUCCGGAUACGAAUAUGGAGUUUCUCAAGUCCAAUGGGAUUGAGUUAUUUCAGUUUGGGAUCGAACCGUGUAAGGAACCUUUUGUAAAUAUUCCAGAGGGCACAAUUCGCAAAGCACUAAAAGUUGUCCUUGAUGUAAAGAAUCAUCCACUGCUAAUCCAUUGCAAACGAGGAAAGCACCGAACUGGUUGUCUAGUGGGAUGCUUAAGAAAAUUGCAGAGAUGGUGCCUAACUUCUGUUUUUGACGAGUACCAGUGCUUUGCAGCGGCCAAAGCUAGAGUUUCGGAUCAGAGGUUUAUGGAAUUGUUUGAUGUGUCAAGCUUCAGGCAUCUGCCCUUGUCAUUUUCAUGUUCAAAGAGGUAAACAACAAAAAAAUUACAAGACUUUUGCUUCCUUGAUUAUUAUUGAAGAAGUGGAUCGUAGUUCCUGAUUUGGAAACUGGAAAAGGCCAUGAUUUCAUGGAACACAUUUCAGCAGCAGCGAAGGAAUGAUCUUUCUUUUUCCUUCUAAGCUAAUAGAAAUGCAUUUAUCAUAAUCUCCGCUUUAUUCCCUUUCAUUUGCUUAGCAGCUUCUAUCUAUGCUUGUUAAAUAAAAACGGAUCCUCUAGCUAUAUUUGGAUUCAUUGUAAAUUUCACAACAUGGCUAACAGCAUUUAGUCAAAUGAUGAAAUUAAAAUUAUGUUUGUGAUUCAUAUCAGGAUUGGAGCUCGUUUUCUCCGUCCCAGUUCUUCCUGCCAACAACGAUUAUAUAAAGAAGGCAGCUAGAAAAGCUUUCUUUUCUUUUUCUUUUUUUAAAUACCUUGAAUCCUGCCCGGUUCUUUUUAGAAUUUUCAUGUAGCAAUAUGUAUUACACUUCCUGUAUCAACAAACUUGCUAAAUUAUGGAAUUCUGGAAGCCAUAUUAUAUCUUAUAUUGGAAUAAUGUGGUAACACCAAAGAAGAGGUCUGAUUUUUCUCCAUUGUAGUUACUGUAAGGACCUCGAAGAAUUUAUCAAA